AUGAUUUUCGUCGGAUUGCAGGAAGUGAAACGAUGCGUUGGUCUCGGCGUGAAGGGAUUCGAGAUCGGCUCGCACUUGGCCGAGAAAUCGCUCGAUGACAACUACUUUUGGCCGCUUUAUAAGGUGUGCGAGGAGCUUCAAGUUGUGCUCUUUGUGCAUCCAUGGGACAUGCACAUGUGGGACGGCCGAUUGUCGAAAUAUUGGAUGCCGUGGCUCGUCGGAAUGCCAUCUGAAACCGCGCAGGCAAUUUGCUCGAUUCUCAUGGGAAAUGUGCCGGUGAUGUUUCCGCGUUUGCGCUUCUGCUUCGCCCACGGCGGCGGCUCAUAUCCGAUGAUUCGCGGCCGCGUCGCGCAUGGAUACCAGGUUCGGCCGGACUUGUGCGCGGUUGACAGCAAAGUGCCGCCAAAUGUGCUCGACAAGCAUAUAUGGACCGAUUCACUUGUUCAUGACGCGGCUGCGUUGAAAUUGUUGGCGCAAACCGUAUCAAAGGAUCAUAUCGUUCUUGGAACCGAUUAUCCAUAUCCAUUGGGAGAACUUCAGGUGGGAAAAGCCAUCGAAGAGUAUGCGGGAUUCUCGAGAAUUGACAAGGAUCGCAUUUUCUGGGGCAAUGCGGUCAACAUGCUCGGACUCGAUGAGGCGAAGUUGUUCAAUAGCCAUUUCUGA